CUGCAGUUCGACCAAAUUUGCUCCGCCUACGCUCGCUGCGACUAUGCCCUCCUGCUGGCCAGCAGUUGGACAGACCGCUGGCAUGCUUCGCUCACCAAAGCACAUGUCAGCCAGUUGGUGGAGAAACUGCGUCUCCUCGGCUACACCAGCGCCUACAUGUCCACCUUCUUCAUGGACGCCCUCGCGAGCAGCGUCUUUGCAGACGGAGGUCCCCGAUACCCUGGCCGCUUUGAGGACGUGCCAAGCAAGGAAGGUUUUCGUGAACGACUACGAUUCCUCUGCCAUUCGCCAAACUGUGUUUCUACACUCUUCCUCUACUUCAACAACUUUGUCCUGCCCAACGGGGACAUGCUGCUGUGGAACGUAAACGAGGCCGGCCUACAACAGUCAGUCGUGCUCGAAAGGUACAGCGUUGCAGAAUUUCUCGAGGACAUUAGUCUCUGCAAGGCCUCUCUCAUCUUCGCCGUAUUCGACCAAAAUUUUGCCGGCGUUUUGCUGCGUGAACUGGAGGAACGCGCUGGCGAAUUCCCCAAUCUUGUGGUGCUCAGUGCUACUCGGCAGUCCAACGUGAGCAGCUUUAGCGAGGGCAGUGACAACGGUCGGGCGAAAGCUCCACUUUCUCCGUUUUACGGACCCGACAGCCUCGUCCCCGGACAGUAUGACAUUUACGGCGUAGAUGGUCUCCUCACCAAUGCCAUCGAAUUACUGCCACUUUCAAAAUUACCCAUCGCGGAGAUUGAAGAGCGCAUCAAAAGCUACUUCCCCCAGUUAAACCUCGGUACCUUCUACGGAAGCCAUGUGCCAAUUCACACGGCGACACUCUUCACGAAACCCUCUGCGCAGCCGAAUAUGCCCUUCCUUCGGGGCAAUUUGGACAAGAGACAGAACCAGUACGUUUACAGUCCCGGCAAGAGGACGAUAGGUGGGCCACCUGGGCCCUCUGGCUAUACGGGAGCCCUGAUUGACCAGCAGGUUGCGGGUUGCGUCAGCGUUUCUCCAAUUGACUGGCUUCGGAACUACCUAAGGCUGCCCGACGGUAAUGGCGAGCCCGCCUCGUGA